AUGUGGGACCACAUUAAUGGUGUUACGCGGCGGUUGAAAGAUAUAGCUGCAGAACUCGCCUCUCCACAGUUUGAAGAUGAAGAAGUGCUUCAGCAGGGUCAUUUGCAUAACGAGGUCAAUACUGGGGUGUCAGUGGGGCAAGGCGGGGGCGCUCAAUCGGAAAGGAGCCCUUCAGCCAGAAAAAGUAGUGGUCGACACAUUGCGGGACAACACACAGACUGCUAUUCAGGGAAUAAUCGGUGCGAUAGCCCUUACACACCAGCUGGCAGUGCGCAUUCGAACUUCAGUGCAGGCUCUUUUAUACGAGAAGUCGCAUCGCAGCAAAGGGGAAGUCAUGGAAACAUAACUUCAUCUUGUGAACGAGUAGCACCACCCACUCGGCAGACGGCGGGUGCAGGAGCCUAUAAAGCACCCCCAAUUCGCUCUUUAGAGGCCACAGAAACACCUGCUGUUGCAGUGCCCGCAGCGCCCUCGAAAAAUCGGGUGGCGGCAACAUCGUCAUCACUCUCAGCACCAUUAACAUCCCUUCCAGAACGUGAUAUGUCGAAUAGCUGUUCCGGUGUAACAGUUCAUAGUCCUCCCUUCGUGAAUGCUGCGAGGUCUGGGGAGGAACUGCACAAAUCCACAUCUGGAGGUGACCGGGACGCAUCGGAUAAUUCAAAAUGUGUGGAGCAGAAGGCAGUGCAUAGCGAAGAGUAUCGUGACAACAGCCUGCAAGAAACUGCGAAUACUCACGAAGGAAACGCAAUAGGUACAAGUGGUGACAUUCAAAAUUGGAUGCAAACACAGGCGACUGCGACUGCGGCGGCGAGCUCCAACCCACAAGCAGGAUCUCCGCUGUCCGCGUACAACACUAUCGAUGAGCAGACGCCCCUAACCGAGGGACGUUGUGCGAAAAAGAAGAAGCUCACUGGGAACAGUGGCGAAACGCCACCACAGGAAACAGACUCUGGGAAUACUACUACGAUCUAUUUUCCAAGUGAGCAUGUGGAUUAUGAAUUGGCGGAAGAGUUAACAGCGAUGCCCCCUUCAUUUAGUAGGACGAGUGAUGAAUCCGCUAGGAAAGUAAUGAGCGAGAUGUCACAGGUUGCGGAAACGAUGGAUCAUGACAAGGUGAAGCUAACUGUUGAACGGGAGAGGGUAAAGGAGCUCCUACUGGAGGGAAAGAGGAGUCUUGAGGCUGCCUUACGCGAAAAAGAUGAAGUUCUUUGUAGGUGUCAGGAUCAGGCAGAGCAAAUGACACGGUUGGUUGUCGAGUUGGCCACAGCACGGCAGCAGCGGCAUCAUAGGGGCGAUGACGAGGGCGGCCUCGAGUUGCCUGGGGGCACUGUGCCUGACGCAACGGGGAGUCACAACGAGCAAGCCGUAAUUCUUACGGAAGAAGUUGAAUUACUGAGGCGGCAACUGCAGGAAGCAAAGCAGAGUCAAAGUGAGGCAAUUGAGCGACUAAAAAUCACUGAAAGAGAAGAAUAUGAUCGUAAAGUGGCGGAGUUUAUCAAAGGGCGCAACGACCGGGAAGAGGAGGUUGUGCGGGAGUUGCAAAGCAAACUGAAUGAGGCACAACAACAACUUGCUAUACUGAGAGAGGAAAAGAUCAAAUUGGUAGAAGAGCAACAACACGAUAAGAAACGCCUGAUGGAUGCCGAGUCCGAGGUGGCGGGGCUAUCAAGCAGAUUAGCUUCAUCCGAACAUCACAUAGUGGAGCUGCAGGGCGUAAUCGCUUCGUCAUCCAAGAAAGGCAGUGAUAAUGAUAGUGCGUCAUUGAUAUCUGCCCUUACCACCCGUAAGCAGGAACUGGAAUCGGAAAAUGCGCGCCUGCUGCACACACAGAAACAGCUGGAACAGAACAUUACGAAUUCUCUUGUCCACGCCAACGUAGAGUUCCCUCCUCCACAGGUGGGGGGCACGCCAAUUCCUUUCUUCGAUAUAGUGAAUCUCAUGGUCAAUGAGUUUAACCGCCUGGUUGACGCUAACAAGCAAGCCUAUCAUAUUCAGAUGGAAAUGGAACGCACAUAUGAGAAUGCCCGCAUGGUGAACGCAACGGUCUCACAGCAGGUUAAUGAAGCAUGGAAGACUAUUGGAGCGCUUCGUGAGGAACUCUCUCUGUGUGAACAGACAAUUGCCGAGCUCAAACAACAACAACUGGAUGAAGCGCAGGAGCAUCGUAACACUCAAACGUUACUAGCAAGCGUCACUAACGAGUUACAAUCGCUAAAGGAAGAGCAGUCAUUGGAUGUGUCUACUCGUGGAUUUAACGUAAGCAGAAGUGACGAGGGGGCAACCGGUAGUAAUCACGACAAGACUGGUGGAACGCAGGCUCUGGGGAGUGGUACCGGUGUCAGCAUAGAAAAAUUGCGUAGGUUGGAGGAUGAUAUCGAAACACUUCGAAGUGUGCUUCACGAGCGUGAUGAGGAACUGCUGCGGUCGCAUCAAGCUACAGAAAAUCUACAGCAGGUGCUUGAUACAUUUACCCUCAAUAAGAGCAGAGACAUUGAGGAGCGGACAGCGGAAUUGCAGGUGGAGAUUGACGAACUGCGUGGGCAGCUUGCUGACGCAGAGCAGCGCAUACGAGGUCAUCAAAAGGAAGUUGAUGAGAUUAUGCAGGGAUAUCGGCGUGAACUAGCCGCCAAGAAUGUAGAAAUUAGCGCAUUGCACCAUAAGCACCUCGAGCUGCGCAGGGCACUCGGUGACACGGCUCGUCAGUUGAACGGUGAGAGCCUUAUCGACAAACGUGUGAUCAGUCAUCUAACAGUAAACUUCAUUCAUGCUUUCGUUGCUGGUAAGCCCGAGUCGGAUGGAAUGCUGAAGGUUCUCAGUGGCUUGCUAAAUUGGGACGAACCGACGCAAGAAAAAGCCGGCCUCAUACCGGGCCCCACAAACCCCAAACCCGGACAGCAGCAAAAAGGAGGUGGCGGGAGUCGAUUUAUUGGUGGUAUUAUGAGCAGCAUGUGGGGAGGCCGUAGAUCCCAAGCUGGAACCUCACAAAUCACCAAACGCGAUGGUGGUAAACCAACUGCAGGCAUUGCUGAACUGUGGGUUGACUUUUUAAUGCGGGAAAGUGAUGCAGGAAUGCAGGCCGCGGUCGAAGUUACCCACAAUGUUAAGGACACACCUGCGGAAAGCAGCGGUGUGAUCACAGAAGAUGGCGGCGGGAAGGUUGGUGCUUCGACAACUUGA